AGCCCCCGUCAUUAUGUGGUGACCGACACCUACCCAGACCGUAGGCAAAGACAAGCCGAAGAAGUCUACUCCUACUCUUACAGCUCAAACGCUGACUCUUCCAACCGCUAUGGUGACCUUAACUCUCGUCCUCAAGUCCGCUCUUCCAGCACGGUCGAAAGUGUGACUCGCACCUCCACUGGAGGGCCCGGAGGGCACACUUACACCUCCGAAAGGUCUUCGCGUAGCCGUGGAGAUGGACCUGGAGGCUACCAUUCCAGCUACAGCUCUACCAGCACUGGGAACUUGCCUGGAGGCACUUCUUAUCGUCAUUGGUCUUAUCGCGUCUAAUUUAGUUCCUUUUUGGAAAUUUGCCCCAAAUAACACUCUAUUGUCUCUAAUUUUUAACUAGUCUGCCUCAAAAUUGAUUAAUAAACUAGAUGGAAAGUCUUCAAUUAGUGUAGGCAAAUCGAUUUAUUUUUGUAUAUUAGCUGUACUCCCACUUGUUUUGUAUUUUCCGAAUAAACUCCAUUUAAACCCGA